GAAAUUGUGACUAUUUCAAGCCAAUUGAGAGUAUGUUCGAGGAUUUUCUUUCAGCAAAAUAUCCAGGACUUCCCGAGAAGGAACUCUCCGCCAAAAGAGCAGACGAAUAUCAUUUAUGGGUUAAAGAAUAUGUUACUUACUGGAACGCCACAAAUCCAUUUCCUACUUGGGUUCAAGAGAUAGUGCAUGGACCUUUGAACAAGGUCAAAACAUGGCCAAUGUAUUUUACAAGAGGCUAUUUGUUUCAUACAGAGAAUCACGGCGCUGGACGUAACACAUGUAACUAUGGGGUAUGUGCUAAGGGUGAAAAUUACACGGAUGAAUCUGAUGCAGCGGAUUUCUACGGAACCAUAACUGAUAUCAUAGAGCUUCAAUAUGAGGGGAUGGUUAAUUUGAGAAUCACUCUUUUUAAGUGCAAGUGGUAUGACCCUGUUAUCGGUAGAGGCACUCGGAUCAGCAAUGGUGGUGUCGUAGACGUACUUUCAACAAGAAAGUACAAUAAAUACGAACCAUUUAUUCUAGCCUCUCAAGCAGAACAAGUGUGUUAUAUUCCGUAUCCAUACGUUAAAAAACCGAAGCAAAUAUGGUUCAAUGUUCUAAAGGUGAAUCCGAGGGGAAACAUUUCUGGAGAAUAUGUCAACAGUUCAGAGACAACUCUUUUGCAAACCGAAAAUGAUGAUGCUGUAUUGAUGACUACAAUUGAAGAUAUUGUACUUGACAAUUUGGAAGAGGAAGUUAACCCAAUAAAUCUAGAUUACGGCGUUGAGGAUGUGGAACCUGAAGAUGAAUUCUUGUGUAAUUUAUCAUCUUCGGAUGAUGAAGAACCAGAUGAUGAAGAAUCCUCCUAAUUAUGUCUAUGUCAAAUUUGUGG